CUACGUUAUCUACUUAUACAUCGGUCUUUAAUUUAUAUAUACAUCUUGGUGCUUUGCUAAUCAGUUCAAGGUACAAUGAAGUUGUUAUCAGUCUGUGGCAGAGGCGGCGCCACUACCGUAGUACCCCCACCGGAUAAGAUGCGUCGGCGGACACGAAACGGGAACAGAAAUAGUACCGCCGCCGCGGCCGCGAAGUGGAAACCAAAAUUAGAUGCUAUUUCCGAGGAAGGAGCGUUGUCUGAUUCUGGUGUGGAAGGUGCGGGAAGGUUUCAACUCUGUAAAAAAUCGCCGUCCAAACUCAAAGACAAUCCUCAUACGGCGCGGGCAGCUAGGGUUCCAAAACUGUCCAGACUCACCGAGGGUUUCCCAUAUUCUAUUGUGGUUUUUUGUUUUCUUUAAUGUUACGUAGUAUUGUUUUAUUAUUACUAUCACCACUUGAAGAUUUAUGUGAUAUAUAUUCGCUCGUAAUUCGAUCUUUUUUCUUUUUUUUUUCCAAAGGGAUCGUAGCGAAUUUACUUUCAAGCAUGUUUUCUUCCCUUCAUCGCCAUUCAUGAUAUGAUAUCUGCUAAUGGUUUAUUUAUUUUA